AUCAAACUGUCAAGUGUCAAUCUAAUAACAAAAUAUUACGUAUAUUGAAGGUUAUGUUUUGAUAUUUUUGGAGGAAACGUUUCUAUUUUGUUAAAUAAUUAUAACCAUCUCAGAUUCUAAGUAAAAAUGCCACCUUUAGAAGGGAAUGUCCAGGAUCUGGAUGAAAAAAGCAUCGAAAAUAUUGUGAAAUUCGUAUCAGAUAUUAGGACAGGAAAAUUGCAGGGCUCCAACAAGAUAGCAGUGGCUACUGUAACACUAUUGGAGCAAAUAAUCACAGAGGCGUCCAACACAAGUGCAUUAUCGCUUGUGAACGCAGUGCGCGGGACGGGCCGCCGUUUGGCCAAAGCGCUCCCGCAAGAAUUGAUAGCUGCUAACAUGGUGCGUCGCGUCUUGCGCGCCAUUCGCGACGAGCAGAGGGCACUAGCUAACCAGAGCAGCGAAUAUUCUGGGGAAUCUCUCCAGCGCCUGGUGUUGGCGGCGUCAAGUAGAAGAGCGACUCUACCAUCAAAUCAUGACCUUAGGGAGCCCAUAAGGGACCAUAUAGCUGAACUGUUGGCCGAAUUGGAGUCCAGCACCUCGUCAAUUUGCGGUCAGGCCAAAGAGCACAUACACGCUGACGAAGUCAUACUCACGUACGGGGCGAGUGCUCUCGUGGAGAAGUUCCUGAAGUCCUCGGGGACGAGUAAGGUGAAGCUGGUGGUGGUUGAGGGGCCGCAGGUUGCGGAGUCUGCAGCAAUGGCGGCGCGUCUGAGCACGCUCGGUGUGAACGUGACGUACGUGAAUGGCGCCGUUGUCGGUGCGCUGAUGCCGAGAGUUAAUAAGGUUGUGGUGGGGGUGAGGGCGGCGCUCGCGGGAGGUGCCGUAUUAGGGGAGGGGGGGCUGUUAGCUGUCACCACAGCUGCGAGGCAUUAUAGUGUACCGGUUGUGGCUCUGGCGCCACUGUACAAGCUGUCGCCGCUGCACUCGUGUGACCACACCCACUUCAACGCUUUGGCCCCACCAUACACCGCCCUACCCUACAUGAGCGGGGAGAGCGCCGUGACGCAGGUCUUCGCGCCCAUGUACGACUUCGUGCCCCACGACCAUGUGACACUGUUUGUCACUAACUUAGGAGGCAGCUCCCCGUCUUACAUUUAUCGUCUGCUGUCAGAGUUGUAUGAUCCAAAUGAUUAUCAAAUUUAAAUGUAAACCUUGUAAAUAAAAUAAAUAUAUAGUA